UUUUGAAGCGGUCUAAUUAUUCCUAAUUCAGUUUAAUGUUAUUUUUUCUCAAUUGAAUGUGAAAAUGUGCAGCCAUCAAGUAAUGAUUGUUUACGGUGUUGUAUAUUGAUUAUCUAAUCUCAAGUCUAUAUCAAGAAGAUUCUUGUUUAAGGUUGAGCGAACUCAACUAGGAUAUGGCUCAAAACGGGAGAGUUCACCCAAAUUGUGUGAACGCUAGUAAUCCUUACCAUGAGUGUGGCAUGUAUUGCUUGGAAAAGAUUGCUCAGGGACAGGGAAAGAAGGAAAAAACGAAGUCCGAUAAAGACAAUGGUAUAAAAGAAGUUGCUGUGACCAAAAAGAAGGAUGAACGGAGAAAAGUGCAUCCAGAUUGUGCUAAAGCGUCUAAUCCUUACCACGAAUGUGCUGACUAUUGCAUGAACAGAAAUGGCGAGCUUCUGGGGGUUAAAAAAGAACCAGGGUCCUGGAGCUUUGGCAGGAAAAAGAAAGCUUAUGCAAGUCAACCAAAUUCUCCUCGAGACGUCUCUUUUGGAAGUAUCGAUCCUGAUGCUAGAAACACUCAACCUAAACAUAAUCCUAAAAAAAAGGCCGACUCAGAGAAAUAUCAGUCCUUUCCUUCUGAACAAUAUUCUUCUGAAAUUUAUCCUCAAGAUAAUUCUUUCAGCGAGGAGCAAGAUAAAUCCACUCAAUCAAUACCUCCAUCUGGGAAUAUCAUGAUGCAGAAUAGUAGAUCCAAAGAUCCUCCAAAGGAGAUUGUUCCUGCAGAUGAUGAAUUACCAGCAACACAAGAAUACUAUCAGAAGCGUCAAGCCUCCCCACAGGCUGGAGACAUUGGAGAGGACAUCGCUAGAUCAACUGUUGAGUCUAGGAAUUUUGGUUUCUUAGACAUCAAUGAUGUUGAAAAAGACAGUGAUGAUGAUGAUGCAGAAUCUGUAAUUUCAGAUUCCUGUGUCUCGGUUGGAAAAUACCACGUGAAAGCAAGUGUUUCUUCCAUUUUGCAGACAAUCUUGGACAGAUAUGGAGAUAUAGCAGCAAACUGUCAAUUAAAAUCAAAUUCCAUGCGUGCUUACUAUUUAGAAUGCCUUUGUGCAGUGGUUCAAGAACUGCAAGCAACUUCUUUCAUGCAGAUUACCAAAGCGAAAGUCAAAGAAAUGUUAGCUGUUGUUAAAGAUGUCGAAUCUGCACAAAUUGAUGUUGAUUGGCUGCGCAAUAUCCUCAACGAUAUCUCAGAAGCCAUUGAACUUACUGCUCGGCAUGAAACUAUUGAAAGAGCCAAAGUUACCUGUGAUAAUCUCUUGGUCUCAACAAGGAAAGAACUGGAAUCCCAGAUGAAAGAUUUAGCUCUCAAGGAAGAAGAAUACGAAGCUGCCAAGGCUGGAGUUGCUGAAACAAAAACCCACUUGCUGGAGCUCGAAUCUGAAUCUGCUGAGCUAGAAAAAACCAUCGAAUCUACAAGGUCCAAAGUCGAAAAGUUCAAAAGAAAGUCCCUGGCAGAUUAUCUGCAGAACAAGAACUUCUAAUAAUCAUUGUAACUCAUUGGUUGUUCCUCUUGUUUGGUACUAGUAGUCUGAAGCAAUAAGCUAUGUAAUUGACUUUGACUUCACUGGUACUAAAAUAGGGUUGGCAAAAUAUAGUGAGUAUUUUGAGUUGACAUUGUAUAAAUUUGAGCGUCUUAAGGGUGUGCCAUUGUUGCUGUUAGCAUCUGCUUCUGCUAUGUUAGGUCUGCAUUCUUGGGAUUUCCAGUGCUUUUAAAGAAUGCUAAAAUGUAUAUGAGUUCAAGGUACCUGUUAUAGUAUAAUGCUUGAAAUUGAAGA